AGCGCAUGUGUAUAAUUUAUCAUAGUUUGUUAUACUAACAAGGUGAUCGGGAUUAAGAAAUCGGGAUGUUCAAUUUAUUUAUAUAUUAACACCUACUAUACUAUCUUAAAACUUAAAUGCCAAUUGCGGUUUCUGUCAUCCCACUGAUUUUUAACAAAGCAAUUUUGUACGAUUCCAAAGACGACAGACGAAUCGAAUAUGAAUUGAAACAUCUACCUGAUGAAUUUAGUCGCGCAUAAAGAGCAUUCGCGGAAGAGCUGACCGAAGCUCCGUAAAUGGCGUAAAUGCACAGUGGGCUCGUGCUGUAUCAUAACCAAUGACGUGGAUAUAGAGGUUAGGAUUUCCGUUCACGCGUUCAAACAUCGAAUCGCCAGGUGUUAUCGAGCUCUAACGACAGACAAUUUGUAAAUAAUGUUCGAAAUCACAGACACGCAGAAAAUCGGAGUAGGACUGGCGGGAUUUGGGAUCUCCUUUCUAUUCCUCGGCGUACUGUUACUUUUCGAUAAAGGUUUACUCGCCAUUGGAAAUCUUUUAUUUAUAUCGGGGCUCGCAUGUGUCAUCGGGCCAUGGAGAACGUUAAAUUUCUUCUUUCAAAGGCACAAGAUGAAAGCUAGUAUCUCAUUUCUAGGAGGUGUCUUUGUAGUACUUAUGGGUUGGCCCAUUGUAGGAAUGAUCUUAGAAACCUAUGGCUUUGUAUUACUCUUCAGUGGUUUUCUACCAGUAGCGAUAAACUUCCUACGAAGAGUACCUGUAUUGGGAACUGUACUGAAUAUGCCUGGCAUCAGUCGAGUUCUAGACAUAAUAGCAGGUGAUUCUAAUCGAACGACUGUAUGAUAAAAUUACAUAUAAUAUAUAUAUAAACGCCCACAUCUCCCCGCUUGAAACCUGUAUAUAAAGCAGUCAAAUAUCAUGUUCCAUAUUCUUUUUCUAUUCAUUCCUGUUUAAGAAUAUCAGCCGUCAAAUUUUUGUACAAAAAUGUAAGAAUAAUUUACCUCUGUUAUAUCUGUGUAGGAAAGUAUCGGUAAGAUUAGUAUAAUCAAUUUGUAUACAUAUAACUUAUAUAUAUAGAUAUUGAUAUAUUAUGUCAAGGGUACAUUCGAUUAAAUAUAACAUUCCAGAAACUUUGUAAAAAUAUUAAUUUCUUUCAAGUUGUUUUUUUUUGUAUUUUUUCAAACACUUUAAAUAAUAAAUAUAAAAUGCUAUUUUAUUUGACUUAAAUACUUUGAAUAGUAAAUGGUCACAAAAAUGUACCCUUCUCUUGAUCAAAUAAUGAACGUUUUGGAACAAUGUAAUAAAUGGAUGUGUUUAAUGUGUCUUAUUUAUAACGUGUUGCUAUAAAGAAAAAUAUAUUAAAUUUACAUAAAA